AUGGAGAUAACCAACGUCAGUGAGUAUGAGGCCAUUGCAAAGCAGAAAUUGCCAAAGAUGGUCUUUGACUACUAUGCAUCAGGAGCAGAGGACCAGUGGACUCUGGCUGAAAACAGAAAUGCUUUCUCAAAAAUUCUGUUUCGACCCCGUAUUCUUAUUGAUGUAAGCCACAUAGACUUGACCACUACUGUUUUGGGCUUCAAAAUCUCAAUGCCAAUCAUGAUUGCCCCAACAGCUAUGCAGAAAAUGGCUCAUCCUGAAGGUGAAUAUGCUACCGCUAGAGCAGCAUCAGCAGCGGGAACAAUUAUGACUUUGUCUUCAUGGGCUACUUCAAGUGUUGAAGAGGUUGCUUCAACUGGACCUGGAGUCCGUUUUUUCCAGCUCUAUGUCUACAAGGACAGGCAUGUUGUUGCUCAGCUAGUGAGAAGAGCUGAAAGGGCUGGGUUCAAGGCUAUUGCUCUUACAGUUGAUACUCCAAGGCUGGGUCGCAGAGAAGCUGACAUCAAGAACAGAUUUACUUUACCUCCAUUUCUGACAUUGAAGAACUUUGAAGGUUUGGAUCUUGGAAAGAUGGACGAAGCCGCUGACUCAGGACUUGCUUCAUACGUUGCUGGUCAAAUCGAUCGUUCUCUUAGCUGGAAGGAUGUGCAGUGGCUUCAGACAAUCACUAAACUGCCUAUUCUAGUGAAGGGUGUUCUCACUGCUGAAGAUGCAAGGCUUGCGGUACAAGCUGGAGCAGCCGGGAUUAUUGUAUCCAAUCAUGGAGCUCGCCAACUUGAUUAUGUCCCUUCGACUAUUAUGGCCCUAGAAGAGGUUGUCAAAGCUGCACAAGGGCGUAUUCCUGUUUUCUUGGAUGGUGGUGUUCGUCGUGGAACAGAUGUCUUUAAAGCAUUAGCAUUGGGUGCAUCUGGCAUAUUUAUUGGGCGCCCUGUGGUGUUCUCUUUGGCUGCUGAAGGAGAGGCUGGCAUCAGAAAAGUACUCCAAAUGCUGCGUGAAGAGUUUGAGCUAACCAUGGCAUUAAGUGGAUGCCGUUCACUCAAAGAAAUCACCCGUGACCACAUUGUGACUGAGUGGGACACUCCUCGCCCUCGCCAUUUGCCUAGGUUAUAG